CACGUGACGACCGUCGCCCAGGUUGUGUCGAAAGCAUCCCGCUAUUAGCCGCUAGCUAGGAGUUUACCAAAUAUCAAGUGAUGUGUUGAUAUGUUUUUUCAUUUAGACAUGUAGGAAACACGAACGUUGCUUUAGCAUAGGCAGCAAGAAGAAGAAGAGGAACCACCACCUAACAUGGCCUUUAUCGCCGGAAUCCGAGGAGGUUCUUUAUCAACAAGACAUUAGCUCCAGCUAACGCUACAAAGUUUGACGGACAACAACAGCAUCGCUAGCUUAGAUAUCAUCUUGUCUGUUUACUACAAUAGCUGCUGGUCUUGGAGCGGGUUCUCAAAUCCGAGCGAUUACGAUUACGAGCCAGUUGUACACGCCAAACCGUGUUUUGAACAAUCUCAGUCAAAGCUAACGUCACGGCAAGUGAAUAUUUAUUGACAACUUUUUAGCAACUAAUGCUAACACUGUGCUAGAGUCCAGUGUGACACAUAACCAGGCUGCUUUUGUCCUGAACUGCCAUUCGUCACAAUUCGAUAUUUUGUACCUCGAGAAAAAAAACAACCGCAGGAUGUCAAACACUGGGAUUAAUAGCAAGGUAUCGGCGUUGUUUAUGCACAUCCGUCUGCUCAAUUCCCUAAUCCCUGUACUGCACACACGGCAGCUACAAUAGCUUUGCAAUAGCUGCGCGGAUUGCAAUAUCGUAGAUAGUGUUUUAGAAUUAUUCCCAGAUAGUUUGUAUAGAGAGAUAAUUGUCGCGUUAUGUCGGGGGAUAGCAGUGAUGACUCGGAUGCGCAAACGCACGAAAGAGCCUGGACCGUCAAGCAUCAAAUCACCAAUGCUAACCUCACCGGACACACUGAAAAGGUUGGCAUGGAGAACUUUGAGCUCCUCAAAGUGUUGGGCACUGGAGCUUAUGGAAAAGUGUUUUUGGUGAGAAAGAACAGCGGCCAUGAUGCAGGCCAACUCUAUGCAAUGAAGGUUCUAAAGAAAGCAGCAAUCGUUCAGAAGGCAAAAACCACAGAACAUACUCGCACCGAGAGGCAGGUGUUGGAACACAUACGCCAGUCACCCUUCUUGGUCACACUCCAUUAUGCCUUUCAGACUCAGAGCAAGCUGCACCUCAUCUUGGACUAUGUGAGCGGAGGGGAGAUGUUCACUCAUUUGUAUCAACGGGAUCACUUUUCUGAGGAAGCAGUACGACUUUAUAGUGCUGAAAUAAUCCUGGCGCUGGAACAUUUGCACAAGCUCGGGAUUGUAUACCGAGACAUUAAAUUGGAAAAUAUUCUCCUGGACAGUGACGGACAUGUGGUAUUAACCGAUUUUGGACUCAGUAAAGAAUUCCUACAAGAAGAGAAGGAAAGGACCUAUUCUUUCUGUGGUACUAUUGAGUACAUGGCACCCGAAAUCAUUCGAGGGAAAACAGGACAUGGAAAGUCAGUUGAUUGGUGGAGCCUUGGAAUCCUGAUGUUUGAGUUGUUGACGGGUGCCUCUCCAUUCACUUUGGAGGGAGAGAGGAACUCCCAGAGCGAAGUGUCAAAGCGUAUUCUGCGCUGUGAUCCACCUUUCCCCUCUAUGAUUGGACCCACUGCUCAGGAUUUGCUGAAGAGACUGUUGGUAAAGGAUCCUCAUAAGAGGCUUGGUUCCGGACCGCGCGGUGCUGCGGACAUCAAGGCACAUACUUUCUUUAAGGGACUGAACUGGGAAGAUCUUGCCCAAAAAAAGAUUUCCAGCCCAUUUAAACCUGAGGUGAAAAGUGAACUUGAUGUAGGUAACUUUGCUGAGGAGUUCACAGGGAUGGAUCCAGUCUACUCUCCAGCAAGCACCCCUCCUAGCACUGACCGUCUCUUCAAGGGCUAUUCCUUUAUUGCUCCCUCCAUCCUUUUCAACAAAAAUGCUGUCAUGGGAGACUUUCUGGAAUCCCAGGUUCAUGCUGACCGACCAGGUUCGGCUACUGUCCAGCGCAGUGCAACAUUAGCGGAAUCACAGUUUUUUCAGAACUAUGAGCUUUGUCUCCACGGGCCACCUUUAGGAGAGGGGAGUUUCUCUGUGUGUAGACAAUGCACACACAAGCAAAGUGGCCUUGAGUACGCAGUCAAGAUUGUCAGCCGCAGAAUGGAAGGCAACACCCAGAGGGAGAUUGCAGCUUUGAGGCAAUGUGAGGCUCACCCAAACAUCGUCAAGCUGCAUGAGGUCUAUACUGAUCAGUACCACACAUACUUAGUGAUGGAGCUUCUGGGGGGUGGCGAGCUGCUCGAAAGGAUCAAGAAGAAGAAACUUUUCGGCGAAGCGGAAGCCAGCCAGCUGCUGCAGAGCCUGGUUUCAGCUGUCCGCUUCAUGCACGAAGCUGGAGUUGUGCACAGAGACCUGAAACCGGAGAAUGUGCUGUUUACAAAUGAGGGGGAGGACUCUGUGCUAAAAGUGAUCGAUUUUGGAUUCGCCCGCCUGUGUCCUGCAGGCAGCGCCCCACUGCAGACGCCUUGCUUCACAUUGCAGUACGCCGCGCCAGAACUUUUUGAGAGUGCAGGAUACGACAAAGCCUGUGACCUCUGGAGUCUUGGGGUCAUUCUGUACACAAUGCUGUCAGGCCAGGUGCCAUUCCAGUGCGAACAGGUGGGCAUGACAUCAUCAUAUGCUGCCGACAUCAUGCAGAAGAUUAAAGAAGGAGAUUUUUCCUUGGAUGGGGAGCCAUGGAAGAGUGUGUCAGAGGACGCCAAAGAGCUUGUGAAAGGGUUACUGACCGUGGAUCCAGAGAGGCGACUCAAACUUUCCGAUCUGAAAGAGAACAGCUGGCUGCAGGGUGGGGCGUCCAUGUCCACUACGCCUUUGUGCACUCCAGAUGUGCUGGAGUCCAGCGGGCCCACUGUGCGCACCUUUGUGAAUGCAACCUACAAGGCUUUUAACCGCGGUAAAAGAGAGGGCUUCUUUUUAAAAAGCGUUGACAACGCCCCCCUGGCAAAACGCCGAAAACUGAAAAUGACUAGCACAGGCGUGGAGACACGGUGGAGUUCUUCUUCUUCAUCGUCCUCUUCUUCCACUUCCUCCUCUGCCUCUGCAAAAGCAACAAAAGCCCAGCCGAAGCAAAGCGUGAGCCCCAAGCAGAGCUAGCCACCGAUUAGAAGGCGGAACAUGAAUAAUCCAAUACGUCAUGCACAUGAGGUCUCACAAGUUGGUUUAAUUUCAACAUAACUUGAUUGUAACUUGACCGAUGAAGUUUAGUCACAUUCUCCCCAUUUAUUUCACAUUUCUAUAUGUGACCUCUAACAAACAUGUUUCACCACAUUUAGGUGACAUCAGACACUAAAAACUUUUUUAACAAUAAAUUUAAAACUGUAACAGCCUGGCUUGUGUGGGUUCAAAGGGAAAAAGGAGCCAUUGGAGAGCUGAAGCCAUAAACACAACUAAUCAGUCACUAUGAGCCCAGCGAAUACACAUAAGUUUGCACAAGGCAGAUGAAUAAUAUUUGCAUAUUCAUUUUUGUACGUAUUUGAGGGUGCGUGUUUGGCUACUGCUUUGUUGUGUGUUGACGUUUUCUUUGUCUCUCUCUUCUUUGGACUGCUCAAUAGUAGUUUGCACUUCGCUUGACAACAUUGAUGAUCAAACAUUUUAUUGGAAGGGGAAUGUUUCUUAAUUUAAUUCAUUUCUUUUGAAAAAAAAAAAGAAAAAAGUCUUAGUAUUGAAACAGUCGGGGGUGUGCGUGUAGCUGCCGUUCAAACACUGCCAGCUGUUGAAUGACCGAGUACUUGCAAGUAUUCACUAGUUUUCCAGAAACAAAGAUGAGGCGGUUAUGAUUUACGCGCUGUAAAUACGUCGCCUUGUGUUCUGGUCGAUGUCUAGCAUGGAUAUCUUUUCUUUCUUUUGAUCAAUAUGUGUUUUUAAAAAAAGUGCGCUUCAGUGCCUGGGUGGAAUACUUCACUUGAAAUAUUUGUAUUACUCUGAUUUGAAAUGAUCAGAAGAAACCAUUUCAUGAUGAAUUCCAUCCCUCCAACUAAUGUAAAUAUUUUGAUUUGGAGAGAAACUGGGUUGGUGUUUUAUUGGUAUAUUUUCACAUGUUGCAUGUCCUUUUAUCAAUACAAUCCAUUUGCGCUUUAAAAAAGGUUAUUUUACGGAUAUUUAUGACUUUCACCUCAGCUGUGAUGCUAAAUGUGGUAGAAAAUGAACGCUGUGGUAAUGGGAUGCAUUUUAAAUAGGCUUUUAUGUAAGGACUGCGUGUGAGAACAUGAAUGUGUUAUUUGUGUAUCGUUAUUGUGACUUGGCUGCAUUUCUUUUUUUUCCAGGUUGACUGUUUCUGAACAUUUUGCUUAUAUUGUGCUGAUUGAUGUAAAAGGUCUCUUGUCGUACAUAAUAUUUUUCAUCCUGUUUUUUUUUUUUAAAAAGCUUUACUUUUGUAUUGAGAUGCACUGUCACUGAUGUAACUGGGAUUUAUUCGUACCAAUAUUACUUGUUUUGGUGCAAAAUAAAUAUUACUUUUGAAAGGAUUCUUUAUUGUUUUUAAUGCUAAUAAUCCUUCAGGGGACAAAGGCUGACUUUUGUUGUCAUUUCAGUAAAUUGUUGGCCAUUUAUAUUGCGUCCAGAUUUCUUUUUUUCUUGUUAAAUUAAAAAAAAAAAAUCCAAUGUCCAAUUAUUUCACAGGUGUACGAUACACAAUUCUAUAAACCAAACAUUUUACAUGUUUAAUGUUUUGGAUUAAUGUUUAUUUUUAAACUUUUUUUUCUGAAAUCAUUCAAUCAACAAAACAAAAAUACCAAAUGUUGCCAGUUUGUUUUUAAACCCUAUGAAGACAGUAUGAUCAAAUAGUGUCACUAUUGUCAAUUAGUGCAAACUUGCAUAACCUCAGUUAUCCAUCCAUCCAUUUUCUACCGCUUAUCCCUUUCUGGAUCGCGGGAGGUGCU